AUGGAGUAUAUGCACAUAGUGCUGCAUAAGCUGAAGAGUCAACCUAAUUUCAAUUUUCAUGCCAAAUGUGAAAAAAUGGACUUAAUCCAUUUAAGUUUUGUUGACGACUUAUUACUAUUUUCCAGAGGUGAUCAACAAUCAGUUGAGAUGGUGAUGCAAGCUUUUAAUGAUUUCUCUAAAGCUAUAGGUCUGGUUGUAAAUCCCUCAAAGUGCAAAUUAUUCUUUGGGAAUGUUGAAGGUGAUAUCAAGCAGAAGAUUCAGGAGAUUAUUGGAUUUGCAGAGGGAUGUCUUCCUUUCAGAUAUUUAGGAAUUCCCAUAACUAGCAAAAAGCUAGUCAUUGUUCAUUAUUUGCCUAUUAUUGAAAAAGUUAUGGCUAGGAUAAAUCAUUGGAGCUCGAGAUUGUUGUCAUUUGCAGGCAAGACUCAACUUAUUAAAGGUGUUCUUUUUGCACUCACCAAUUAUUGGUUACAAUGUUUACCUUUGCCAAAGAAAGUUAUCUAG